UUCCUGAAGUCUGCAGGGCCUCGUGGGGUCUGGCUGCUGCUCUUCCGCUUCUGUCGCAUCUCAUACCCAUCUCCCCGCAUCUCAUACCCAUCUCCCCGCUGUCCGCCGAGCUUCAGCUGUACCAGCCUGUCUCUCUCUCUCGCUCUCUCGGCGUCUGCCUCGCAGCCUUUGCAGUUGCUGCUCCCUCUGCCUGGACUGCCUUGCGUGGUGCCUUCUGGUCAUCCAGGUCUCAUCGGAAGUGACCUACCAGCGGGUCCUUCCCGUUCUGCCCUCAUCUGAAGCAGCCCCCUUUCCGGGAGUGUUUCACCUGCCCUGGGGUUAACCUUGCAGGGCUUAGCAAUAUUUGGAGUCAUUUCCCUCAUUAGUUAACUUGUUCAGGGUCUGUCUUCGUCCACGACCAUAAAAGUUCCACACGAGCAGAAACCUUGCCUGCCUUGAUUGCAGCGUUGUGUGGUGUGGUGUGGUGUGGUGUCGGGCCUGGCAUUCGUUUGUUCACUCAUUGGCUCAGUUCACCCUCCUGCAGACAUGGGGCGCAGAAAGUCAAAACGAAAGCCACCCCCCAAGAAGAAGAUGACAGGCACUCUAGAGACCCAGUUCACCUGCCCCUUCUGCAACCACGAGAAAUCUUGCGACGUGAAAAUGGACCGUGCCCGUAACACCGGAGUCAUCUCUUGUACCGUGUGCCUAGAGGAAUUCCAGACUCCCAUCACGUAUCUAUCAGAACCAGUGGACGUGUACAGUGAUUGGAUAGAUGCCUGUGAGGCCGCCAAUCAGUAGCAAAACAGAGGACCCACCCCCUUUGCAGACUCGCUGCCGAGGACCGGCCCGCCGGGUACCAAUCCAGAGACAUUCCUGAGGUCCAGGGUGUGGGUCCAGGGCCUUCGCAGCCCCUGCCUGUGUACGGAGUGCAUGUGGAUGUGGAUGUGAAUGUGUGACUGCAAGUGUGGCCACGGGGUGUGCUCAUGGGCAGGGGGCUCCGGGGGUCUGAACUGCCUCCCUUGGCUCCAAAAGCCCUUUGACUUGCUCCCUCUUUUGGCCCCUGACCGCCUGGCUCUGGAGCCCUGGCUUCUCCGGGGGCCAAUGUCCUGACAUCCUGGGUGAGAGCAAGCCCAGCAGAGACAGCCUCAGGACUCUCCGCCUCCUCACCCACCUCCCCAGCACCUUGCCCGUGUGAACUGGACCGCACGCCUCCUCUGCCUUCCAAGGACUGUGGCCUGGGAUUCAGCACCACUGGCCCCUGGCUGGGCCCUGGCAGGGGGCCCCGGUUCAUGUGUAGUUGCUUUUAUAGAGGAGGGAGGGGCUGGGUUGGGGACUGUUAGUCACCAGUCCUUAAAUAAAGCAGCCGACGCAGA